AUGGCCAUCUCCAUCGCCGACAGUUCCUGUAGCCCGACGAGGUCACUGGGGCUGCUGUUGGACCCGGAAAAGACCAACCUCCCCCGUCCCAAGCAGAGCAUGUGGCAUCGGCUGGGCCUUCGCCGGUGGCUGGGCCGCGAUGAUCGAGAUUUCUCCUCCCAGUCCCCGUCCGCGUCCCCGUCCGCGUCCCAGUCCCCCGCCGCCGACGCUGCUGCCCCCACCGCGAAUAAACCCAAUUCUCCCGCCGCCCACAACACUUCCAAUGGUAAUCUCAACCACCACAACAACUCCCGCCCCCGCCACUCCAACAAGUCCCACGACAACCUCACGCGUCGACUCUCCCGGAAGGUAGGCGUGGGACUUCCUCGAGCCACCACCUUCAAGCGUCAGAAUUCCGAGCGUCGCGACAACCUCUCCCCCCAAGAACCCGAACCCCGUCGCGCCGUCAGCUCCCACCGGUCCAGGUCCCCACCGCCCACCGUGGACCCCAGAUUGUCCGCACCCGAGGUUCAGUGGCGCGAGGACCCGAACGAGACCACGGUUGGCCGGCUCUCCGAGGCGAAUGAGGACAUCGACUUCCGCUCGGAAUGGAACCCCUGCCCUGACGUGACGGAAACUCCCGAGGAGCUACCAGACGAGACCCUCGAGAUGGAAUUGGAGAGGCGAUGGAUUUUGAACCUGAGCAUGCAUUUCCGGGAUCGCUCCGAGCGGGAAAAGUUUUUCGUGACGUACGCUGAGACGCCCACUCGCUGGCGACGGGAGCUGCGCUACCAGCGAGACAAAUGUGCCCGCAUUUACGAGUCGAUCCGAGAGUCACUAACGGAGAUUCAAUUCUACGACACGGUGACGAACCUGAAACUAGAGACGCGUGACGGGCGCCUGCACGUCCACGUCACGGAAGACGUGAACGAGAUCAUCCCCUAUCCGCCAGUUUCGUGCAUUGGACAUCUACCGGAGGCGCGGCUGGUCCGGGAAAACCAGCUCCAUUUCGAGGCGCAUCUGUCGGGAUUUGUCUAUAAUGUGCAGUUAGACGGCCAGACCUAUAUCAAAAAGGAAAUCCCCGGCCCCGACACAGUAGAUGAAUUUCUAUACGAGAUCAAUGCGCUCCACGCUCUGGAAGGCACCCCUUAUGUUGUUCGAGUGGAAGGGAUAGUGGUCGAUGACCAGGAGGAGGUGGUUAAGGGCCUGCUCAUUGGCUUUGCGGAGAAAGGGGCAUUGGUCGAUAUUCUAUAUGAAAAUCGGGGGGCGAUCAGCUGGGAGCGGCGGGAGCGCUGGGCAAAGCAAAUAGUCCACGGGCUCUGCGAGAUUCAUGAAGCUGGCUAUGUGCAAGGGGACUUCACUCUUUCCAACAUCGUGGUGGAUGCAAACGACGACGCCAAAAUCAUCGAUAUCAAUCGUCGGGGAUGUCCAGUGGGAUGGGAGCCUCCCGAAAUCGCAAAAAAGAUCGAGAGUAACCAACGAAUCUCGAUGUAUAUCGGCGUCAAAACGGACCUUUUCCAGCUGGGCAUGACCCUGUGGGCUCUGGCCAUGGAAGAGGAUGAACCAGAACGUCAGCCACGCCCUUUGAUGCUAGGUGAGGACAUACCCGUGCCGAAUUACUACCGUAGGUUGGUCUCUAUCUGUUUAAGCGCCGCUCCCCGACACCGACUGUCGGCGAAGGAGCUUCUCGGCUUUUUCCCUCGCAGUACCCGGGUGACAGAUCAUUCAUUUCCUCGGAUACACCCUGCUCAUACUGGUCUCGGGGUUGCCUUGCAAAAUGGCGCUUUGCCAUUGUACGAUCCGCGGGCAGCCUUUCUGUAUCAGCACACGCGGCCUGUAGUAAAUGGCUCUUUCGAUACCCAAUUGUCGCCGGACGAAACAUAUUCAUCGCCUCACUACAACGUUGAUUCUGCCCAUUCUCCGACAAGGGAGCAACUUGACGUGACUAGUGAGCAGAAUGGCAUCACGAGGGCGAUAGAGAGACAGCUUCGGGCGCCUGCAGAGCCGCGCAUGAAUGGGUACACGCAUUCGCCAUCGGUUAAUGGGGUCCCACAGACUUUCUUGAGAAGCCCCCAGGAGUCCCUUGAUCCCGAUUCCCCGGAUCUAAGGCAGGACGGUCUUAAUAUGGAUGGUCCGUACUAUCGGAGAGCUUCAGUAGACGGUGCAGCUGAUCUGAUGCCUUUCGAAACGAGAGCCUUGUCUGGGACACUUGCGGGCGUUGGCCAUCCUGGCUAUGCUCUGAGAUCCAGUUCCACGAACAAUUUGUCGGAUAUGGGGAGAUAUCAAGAGUCUCCGCUGUCAUCGGCAGACACGCAGUCCACUGAUCUGUAUCCGGCUCCCCUAUCGGACUUGGGACAUGCACUGAUCGAAGGUCAAGAUUGGCCCAUGGAAUCGCCGUCGCGCUCGGUGUCUUCUCUCCUGCAUUCCAUCCUUCCCAUCAACCCUGCAGCCAAUCUGUCCGACCAGAAGAUGAUAGAAUCCGAUGCAGCCCAAUUCUCGCAAUUACGCAUUGACUCGGCACUGGGGUACCCUCAUCAAGGUCUUCAGGAACCCACCUCCUACCUCAGCGAUUCCCAUUUACCAAUCAACCCAGCAUUCACCGAGAAGGCUUUGACUUCGGUAUGA